GAUUUGGAGAGAGGCUGGGGCUCGGGAGAGGGGCUGCUCCGAAGGAUAGUUCUGGGACCAGGGGAGACCCUGGGGGCGUCUGGGCAGCUAUCCUGCCUGCAUUCACCUUCUGCAGGUGUGUCAGCCCAGUCCUUUCUUCACUGCUUCACAAUGGCCAGCACUGCCUUCAACCUGCAGGUGGCCACCCCUGGGGGCAAGACCAUGGACUUUGUGGGUGUGACAGAGAGCAACGCCCGCUGGGUGCAAGACUUCCGCCUGAAGGCCCACGCCAACCCUGCCAAGCUCGAGUCUAUUGAUGGUGCCCGGUACCAUGCUCUUCUGAUCCCCAGCUGUCCUGGGGCCCUGGUUGACCUGGUCAGCAGUGGGUCCCUGGCCCGGAUCCUGCAGCACUUCCACUCUGAGAGCAAGCCCAUUUGUGCUGUUGGUCACGGAGUCGCCGCCUUGUGUUGUGCCACCAACGAGGACAGAUCGUGGGUGUUCCACGGCUACAGCUUGACAGGGGACGGAGUCAGCUCAGUUCCUGGUGGGUGCUGGGGGCAGCUGGGCCUAGUUCAAGCCUCUCAUGGAGCUACCCCACAGCCCUCAGUGUGUGAGCUCGUCAGGGCCCCCGGCUUUGCCCGCCUGCCACUCAUCGUGGAAGACUUUGUGAAGGACUCUGGCGCCAGCUUCAGUGCUAGUGAGCCUGAUGCCACGCACGUCGUGCUGGACCGCCACCUCGUCACAGGCCAGAACGCCAGCUCCACUGUCCCUGCUGUACAGAACCUGCUCUUCCUCUGCAGCAGCCGGAAAUGAGCUUGUUAGGCGGAUGCUGCCACCUCCAGAUAGCUUGAGUGUCCCCCACAUGAGCCUCCAGGGACCCUGCCACUUCCGUCCUGACAAAAGACCUUCCAGUCUGGUCCUAGUGGGAUGUCCAGGCCUCCAGAAAUGAGCCAUUAGGGUGGCGGCUCGAAGGUGGAGGGGCCAAGAUCCUGACCCCUGCACGUCCUCCUCAGGUAGGAGGCAGAGACAAGACCCUGGCUCUGAUGGAGCUGUGCUGGCCACCAGGGGGUCCUGCAGCGUUCCAGCAGGGAGCUAGCCACAGGGGUGCUGGGGUGGGCACUCACCCUGCUAUGGCCUGCUUGCUGCCCGCCUUUUAGCUGUUGGGUUUUUUUUUGGAGGGAGCGUGGGGGUGGGGGGGCAGCUAGCUCAGAGCUUCUCAUCCUGGUCUGAGAAACUUCUGGUGGGUGCAGCCUCCUGUCCACUCAAGCCCUGCCUGGUGUGGGGUUCAGAAAGCAAUGGCGCCCCAUCUAAGCUCUAGGAUGAUCUGGAGGCUCCUGAGAUGUUGCCCCAUCCUGUGUAAGCACUGAGCAAAAGUCACUUUUGUCAGUAUCACACCCUGUGGAGCUCUCCAGAAAGCGCUGCUCCCACAGUUCUGGCUGGAGGCAGCUGCUGUCUUGCAUGGUCCCCUGGGGGAGCUGGCACAGGGGGGUGUGAGUACCCUGUGUGGAGCAGGGUGGCAGGGCCCUGCCUCUCUGACCCUGGGCAGCCCUUUCCGGGGUCCUGCUUCCUUCCUAGGUGCUGCUCGUCACCGUCAGCCUCCUGGGGCACCUGGGCUGGGCUGGGGCCCUCCAUGGGGCUGCCCACUGGCCCUCAGGUGGCUCAGGCCACCCUGAGUUUGUGCCUUCACCCUUCUGUCCACCUCCCCAUCUCAGUCUGUCCUCCAGCGCUGGGCAGCUGCUAGGACCUGGCAGGAGGCCCCUGGUGAUUAUAAAGCUGUUCAGUAAGGAAAGUUCAGAACAGAGUGGAAGAAGGAAGCAAGGCACAGCCCCACCUCAAAGGCCACUUCCCAUCAGCCUCCAGCAAGCCAUGCCCAUAAGUCCACUCAUGCAGCACUUGGCCACUGGGCCUCAGUCUGCCCCAACUCUGCUCUUGUCCCAGUGUGGUGAUGUCUCUGGACAAAAACUUCUGUAUUUAAAAAUUUGAGAUCAUGACUUAAUGUUUCAGCCCAUUCAGGCUCACACAAAAAAAUGUCAUAAACCGGGCGACUUAAUGAACAACAGAAAUCUGUUUCUUGUGCUUUUGGAGGCUGGAAGCCCAAGCUGGAGACACUGGUGUUAGUCCCAUGCCUGAGGACUCCACCCCAGGACCUUAGAGCUGGAGAUCUCAGCAUAUGAAUUUUGGGGAAACACAAACAUCCAGACCAUACCAGAAGUUGUAGACCUAAUGUUUGCUGAGUGCCUCUGGUGGGCUCAGCAGCUGAGGUCGAGGCACGUGUGUGAAGAGGUGAGGGCUGGGGCACAUGCCCUGACCUGUGCAAGCUGCCCUCAAGUCUUUUCCUACUGCAGCCAUGUGCAAGGUCCUGGGCCUGCUCCAAGAGCCUCCCCACUGUGCUCAGUCGUCUCCAGGGGGCCAGGCAGGGGCUGAGGGUGGCCCUCCAGGGAGGGAAGAGGAUAGCAAAGGGAUAAACCCCCAAAGUGGCAGCUGGGUGGGUGAGGAUUUCCCCCAUAUGCCCCAUGUAUGUUGAAUAAAAACAUGCAACCCCGUAAA